GGCGAAUAGUGGUACAAGUAUAGAUUACCUAGGGUUCCGAGAGGAUUCUGCUCAGUCCUCCAGCAAACAUCAAAGAGGACUUGUUGAUCUCAACGAGCUGAUCAAAAAGUGACCGAUCCUUCUCACCACAAUUCACACAUCAACUAACUUCUACCGAAGUUCUAAUCUCGUCAUAUUUUCCUGCUAGGAAAAUUCAUUCCCUUAACCUGUUUAAAAAAAAAAAAGCAAAGUUGCUGAGAUAAUAACUGAUAAAACUCCUUCAGAUAAAAGAACUCAAAAAAGAAAAAGAAAUAUGAAGGUGCAAACUAGUAUCGCUAUCACUAUGAUAGUUUUGACGAGCACGAUGCACUUCGGUGCAAACGCAUGGGGUGGCCUUUUCAAUCGUUUCAGUCCUGAAAUGUUAUCUAAUCUUGGUUAUGGUGGACAUGGUGGUUAUUUGAGCAGAUCUAGAUUAUUACAGGGACCCCUUUCGGGAGGUUACGGAAAUUCCUAUGGGGAUUCCUUGGAAGAAGAAUCUGACGAUCCCUGUUACGAGAAGAAAUGUACAGCCAAUGAACAUUGCUGUCCUGGUUCGAUUUGUGUCAACGUUGAUGGCAUUAUUGGAACUUGCCUGUUUGCUUAUGGACUAAAACAGGGUGAAUUGUGCAGAAGGGAUAACGAUUGUGAAACAGGUUUGAUGUGUGCUGACACAGCAGGGGGUGAAACUCGAUCCUGUCAACCACCUGUCACUUCAAACAAACAAUACAACGAAGAAUGUAACAUGUCAGGUGAAUGUGAUAUUGGUCGUGGAUUGUGUUGUCAAUUGCAGAGGCGACAUCGACAAACUACAAGAAAGGUUUGCUCUUACUUCAAAGAUCCAUUGGUAUGCAUUGGUCAAGUUGCCACAGAUCAAAUAAAAUCUGUUGUACAGUACACUUCCGGUGAAAAAAGGAUCACUGGACAAGGGAAUCGUCUUUUUAAACGAGUACCCUUCGCCUAAAUUAUUUCUUCCUUAAAUAUUAGUUAACGAGGAGGAGAAUCAUAGGGGUAAGAAGAAUGAUCAAAGGAUUUAACAAAAGAAAUAAAAAAACAAACAAGAACAACAAGAAAGAAACAACAAGAACAACAUAAAUAAACAUGCAAAUUCUCCUCCAUCAAAGCACGUAGAUUUUUAAGUGAUGUCGGUUUAAUUACGUCGAUCCCGUUCGUAUUCUAUGAAGACUCCGUUACGAACUUGAUAUAUGUAUAUCUCCAAUAACAACAACGAUGUAAUUUCUUCAAUAACACAAGAAGAAGAAGAAGAAAACAAGAAGAAAGAAGAAAAUAGAUUGUAAAAAAAAGAAACGGAUAAGAAACGUUUCAUGGGGAUAUAUUUAAAUCACUUAGUAAGAGGAGAUUCUAGGGUGACGAUACGAGACGCCUUCUAUGGUGUUUUCUCCUAAUAUUACGACUGAUAAAAUACAAAUUACAUAUCACAGUGGACCGUCGUUGUCGUUGUCGUCGUCUUCUUCUUAUAUAGUUUAAAACAAAAACAUAUAUAUAUAUAUAUAUAUUAAAAACAAAUAAGUAAGUUAUUAAAUACUUACUAAUGAUCUCUUUAUCAUCGCGAGAAAGAAAGAAAGAAAGAAAGAAAGAAAGAAAG